AUGUCCCAUAACAAAACUUCUCAGAGUUCUUCGUCAUCCUCUCGUUGUGCCGAUCGUCCAGACCUGUCGAACAAUGUUGCUGCCUGCAACUCCAAUAACGACACUCGGGAUGAUUCCAUGAGCUCUCCCGUAUCAUCAAAAAAGCAAAAAUCCAUGCUUGACUAUGUGCAUGGUCACCAACCACAUGUCGAUCAUCACGAACACAAAAGAAAACGACAAGAUGAGAACGAGUCAUGGAUCGAAAAGAUGCGAAAGUCGGCUCAUCCUUCUUCUUCCCAAACCAACAACAACAAUUCAUCUCCAUUCCGAGUCAAACCUUCAAAAACUCAUUCAACUCCGCAGCUCUCUGAUAUUAUUACCACACCACAUGUUGAAUCGUCAUCAACGCCUCCAACAAAGAGUAACUAUUCUUCCAAAAAGAAAAUCAUCGAAGGAUGGAAUUCGAACUGUGUAAAACUUCCAUGUCAUGAAAAUAAUGUAUAUUUUCAAAAUAAUAGACAACUCUCGAAAUGGUAUCUCAUCAAAACACUUUUACAACAAAAAAUUAGAAAUGUAAAUGAUCUCAUUCAAGUGAUACGAACAAUUAAUUCAAGUUGGACAUUCAAUUCAUCAACAUUUUCAUCACUUCAAACACUCUUUGAAAAUGUAUAUAGUGACAGUGAAAAAGAACUAUUUUUUAACAAAACUUUACCUUGUAUUCAAUCUCUAGCUCUAGAAUUACCUAAUUUAUUUGACAAGUCAUCCAUUCCACUUUUGAAACAACAAUCUGAUAUGGUUGUACAUUUAAGUAGAAAACAAAUAUGUUGUCUUUUAGCGCAUGCAUUAUUUUGUACAUUUCCAAGAAGAAAUCAAACAAGUAAUCCAUCGGAUGAAUAUUAUUCUUAUCCAUCGAUUAAUUUUAUUACCCUUUUUAAGAAAUCACCGCUCACAAAAAGGCCAAUGAAGAAGGAACCAACACCGAACAAUAGUAGUAGCAGCAAUAAGGACUCAAUUUUUGAUUCCAUAGAUCAUCAUUCGAUCAUAGCAGCGAAAUCUGUAAAUGAUGCAACAACAACAUUCAUGAAUACCACCACCUCACCGAUCAACACCAUGGAUAGCACUGCCACCAAUUCCAUCACGAUAACAACGAGCACUACAAGUAGUAGUAGUAGUAGUAAUACCACAAUUUCAACAAAUCUAAAUGUAAUUGAUGAUCAUGUACCACCACCACCACCAACAACAACUUAUGAUCAUACAAUGACUACUCAUGUUGCAACCAUGAUGAUUACUACUGAUACCACCACUACAACCGUUGCUUCGUGUUCCUCUUCUUCUAACAAUGAAACAAGUAACAAUAAUCAUUCCAAUUUAAGUAAUAGUACCAUUUCAAUUUCUUCAUUGGAAGAUGAUUUAUUGAUUGAUGAAGAAUUAUUGAGUCCAAAUGAGUAUACUUUAGAACAAGAUCAACAAUAUGAAGAAACUAGUUUAUUUAUUGAAAAGUUGAAAACAAUAUUUCAUUAUUUCAACAAGAUGAGUGAUCUGAUUGCAGAGAAUAAUCCUAUUCUUGAAGAAAUUGUAUCCUUUGAAAGAAAACUUCUCUUAGAUGAUCCUUCAGAAAUGGAAAAGAUUUGGAAAACAAGUUCACAACGAUUGAUACACAAAUUGACCAUCAAAGACUGUGGUACUAUUGAAGAUGAUUCUCCUCACACUUAUGACUGUUGUCAUGUUGACUUUGCGAAUAAGAUGAUUGGAGGAGGUGUACUUCAGCACGGAGCUGUUCAAGAAGAAAUUCGAUUCUUAAUCAACACGGAAUGUAUUGUCAGUCGAUUAUUUACAGAAGAAUUACAAGACAAUGAAUGUUUUCUCAUCAAAAACUCGAAACGAUUUUCACGCUAUGAGGGUUAUUCUUACACCUAUCGAUUCAUUGGAGAUUAUAACUCUUCCUAUGAAAAAUAUUCACCCAUUAACCAUACUCUAUUGGCGAUCGAUGCUCUCAAUUUCAAUGCACCUCCAUUUAGAAGUCCUUUUGAUCAAUUCAAGCAAAAACAUAUUUUGAGAGAAGUUAACAAGAUUUAUUGUGGAUUCUUGGGAUGUGAAAGUUCAGUGAUAUCAACUGGUAAUUUGGGUUGUGGAGCUUUCAAAGGAGAUUUUCAACUCAAAUUUCUUUGCCAACUCAUUGCUGCUUCACAAGCCUCUUUUUAUCACAACAAUUCUUAUGAGUUGAUAUAUUUCACGUUCUUCGAUAAGGAAUUGGCUCAAAAGCUUAAAACCAUGCACCAUCUAUUGGUUCAAUUAGAGGUAACUGUAUCAGAACUUUACAAUUUGAUGGUUAAAUAUUGGACAGACAAAAAAGAUCCCUCACACUCUGUUUUUGAUUAUGUGGUGAGUGAGUUGGUUGGUUUUUGA